AUGGCGCAGGGUCAGUACGCAGCCCUGCUCCUGUGGGUGGCAGCCACCUUGGGUCAGAGGCAGCAUCCGGAGACUGGCGUGUCAGGCCUUCGUUACAGCUAUGACUGUGGGGUCCGGGGAAUGCAGCUGGUGGUGUUCCCCGGCCCAGGCCAGACUGUCCGCUUCAAGGUGCUAGAUGAAUUUGGAAACGCGUUUGAGGUGAAUAACUGCUCCAUCUGCUACCACUGGGUCAGCUCGGAGCCCCUGGAGCCCGCGGUCCUCUCGGCUGAUUACAAGGGCUGUCACGUGCUGCAGAAGGAUGGCCGUUCCCACCUGAGGGUCGUCAUACAGGCCGUGCCGCCCGAUGGUCGCCGGGGCGCCGCACAGGUGGUCACCCUGAUCUGUCCGAAACCUGAGCUCAUCUGGACCCUGGGCCCCAAACCGACGCCGCUGACACUCCAUGCCUCUGUCUUCCCCAUCUCCAUCUUCCCCAUCUCCAUCUUCCCCAUCUCCGUCUUCCCCAUCUCCGUCUUCCCCAUCUCCGUCUUCCCCAUCUCCGUCUUCCCCAUCUCCGUCUUCCCCAUCUCCGUCUUCCCCAUCUCCGUGGGGACACUGAGAGGCCCGAAAACGACUGAGCCACAGUACACAGGUACCCAUCUGCCCCAGGAGCGGUGCCACGUGACCUCUGGGCACAUCCCUUGUAUGGCAAGAAAUAGUUCCCAGGAGGCAUGUUGGCAGGCUGGCUGCUGCUAUGACCACACCAGGGAGGUGCCCUGUUACUAUGGCAACACAGCCACCGUCCAGUGUUUCCGAAAUGGCUACUUCAUCCUGGUCCUGUCCCAAGAAAUGGCCUUGGCACACAAGAUCACGCUGGCCAACAUCCACCUGGCCUACGCCCCUACCCGCUGUCGCCCCAUCCAGAAGACCAGCGCUUUCCUGGUCUUCCAGGUUCCUUUCACCCAGUGUGGCACUACCGCCCAGGUGAUUGGCAACCAGCUCAUCUAUGAGAACCAGCUAGUGUCUGAAAUCCAUGUCCUAAAGGGGCAGCAUGCUUCGAUUACUCGUGACAGCACCUUCCGGAUUCACGUCCGCUGUGUCUUCAAUGCUGGUGACUUCCUGCCCAUCCAGGCGGCCAUCUUCCCACCCCAAUCGCCAGCCCUGGUGACCCGGUCAGGCCCCCUGCGCCUGCAGCUGCGGAUUGCCAAGGACGGGACGUUCAGCUCCUACUACAGAGACAAGGACUACCCACUCGUGAGGCUGCUGCAGGAGCCCGUCCACAUGGAAGUUCAGCUCCUGGAGAGGACAGACCCCAACCUGGUCCUGAGGCUGCACCAGUGCUGGGCCACGCCCAGCCCCAACCCCUUGGACCACCCCCAGUGGCCCAUCCUGACCGACGGGUGUCCUUUCAAGGGGGACAACUACAGAACCCAAAUGGUGCCCUUGGACAAGACAGAGCCUUUCUGGUCUCACUACCAACGGUUCACGGUGGCUACCUUCACCCUCCUGAAUGCCAGCUCUGAGCAAGCCCUCAGGGGACAGGUGUACUUCUUCUGCAGUGCCUCGGCCUGCCGUCCCUCCGGCCUGGAGACGUGUGUGACAGUGUGCCCUGAGGCUACACGCCGGCAGCGAUCUCUGAGUCACCAUCACAGUAUCACCAAAGUGCUGGACAUCGUGAGCUCUCCGGGAGCUGUGGGCUUCGAGGGCCCUCUGGGGCUGCGACCCCCAGCCUAAUACUUCACCCCUUGAUCUGCAGGCUCCAGCAGAACCUCUAGCCCCAGUCCUCUCCUGUGGGGCCUCUUGCUGCUGGCUGGGACCCUGGUCCUAGGGGUUGGGAUCUUUGUGGGGCUAAGCCAGGCCUCUGCCAAGAAGCACCGGGAAGGCGCUGGAAGGUGA